AAGUUAUUAUAACAUACAGACUUAAAGGAGGCGACACAAGUUUAAUUGAACAGAAGUUUUUUUUUAAGAAGAAACGCGCAGGUAAAAUGCGCCCGAGGCGAAGAUGACGCUCUUAUUGCGCACAGAGGCGCACAAAAAAAUACACCCCCUUCUUUUUUUUUGACGCGCACUUUUUUCCUCCACUCUUCAAAGCUUCUACAUGCCGAUGAUAGUAUGUGACAGCAGUCAUUUCCAGCUCCCUUUGCUUGUCCUUUGACCUCCGACGCUUCCAAAAUAGAGGAACGACCUUGCGAAGACUGAGUCUCACCCUGCAGUUGUUGACAGCCACUCAAGAGAGCCUCCAAAAAGAAGAAGGAAGCAACAAACUUUACGCACCAAAGUUGUGGUAAAGUUUUCUGAAUGGAGACUCCGGGCAGCGCGUCAGUCUCUUCCUAAUCGCCAUGCGGACUUAAAGCGCUCGUCACGCGUAAAGUUGGAACGGAUCCCUCGGGUCGGACAACUUUAAACAAACUCCGGGAGGGCUGAAGACUCUUAAACUUGCCCUGCUUAUGGGUUCUCUGUGCCCCCCGGAUUCCAACUGAAGAUAGCUGAGCCACACACUCUCCUGAUUUCUAUUUUCUUCACUGACCAGUAGGGUGUGAUGAGGUUUGCAGCGAGUUUAUCGCUAGUUCUGCUUUGGGCCUUCAGCUCCAGGAUCGCAGGCAUCAGUAUUCCUUUGGAAGUGGAGCAGCCUCCGACUAUAAUAAAUCAAACAUCGGGUCCUGUUAUAACGCUUCCUUUUGACAACACUCUCACUAUCAGAUGUGAAGCCAGGGGCAAUCCACCACCAAAAUACAGAUGGACAAAGGAUGACCAGCCCUUUGAGUUUCCAAACAUCCCAACAAUAAAAACCAACAACAAAAAUGGGACGUUUAUGCUUCACAACAAGCAUUUUGUCCAGUUUCAGGGAAAAUACAGAUGCUUUGCUUUCAACAAGCUGGGAACUGCCAUGACAGAGGAGGUUGAGAUCCAAGCUUUGGAGUCGCCCAGAUUCCCAAAGGAAACACUUGAUCCUGUUGUUGUUAAAGAGGGGGAACCAAUCAUCCUGCACUGCAACCCUCCUAAAGGUGUGCCUCCUCGUCAGAUCUACUGGAUGACUAUAGGUCUCAAGCACAUUGAACAGAAUGAGAGGGUCUCCAUGGGAGCAGAUGGCGACCUGUACUUCUCCUACGCCUUACCGAAGGACAGCUUUGAGGAUUACUGUUGCUGUGCUGCCUUUACUAAAAUACGGACAAUCGUCCAGAAAAACCCCAUGGUUGUUCAAGUUGAAAGAUUAAUACCUGGCAAUUACUCCUCCUCUGACAGUGGGAACGCAACUGAGCACCUACCAGUGAAAGCUCCCAGCCUUCUGCUGCCCUCUGGUGUUCAGACGGUGAAGGUGUUGCUGAAAGGAGACAAUCUGCAGCUGGAGUGUAUACCAGGAGGAUUUCCCAUCCCAAGCGUAACGUGGAUGAAACUGGGAGAAAGUCUGACUGAUCGGGUAAAAUUGAGCAACUUUAAAAGGCUGCUGACCAUAAGCUCUGUGGACCAGAAGGAUCAGGGGAAAUAUAUGUGCACGGCUGAAAACUCAGCUGGAAAGGCUGUCCAUUACUUUGAUGUGACAGUGGAAGAGCCACCUGCAUGGACUACAGAUCCAGCUCAGAACCAGCUGAAUGUGAUCGGGUCCGAUGUUGUUAUCAAGUGUUCAGUCAGUGGAAAUCCACCACCAGUCAUAACGUGGAGGAGGAACGGGAAAAUAUUCAGAGAUGAUCCAUUAAACAAUAGGCAAGUGCUCGAUGACACGGUGGUGAUUCACAAAGCCGGGGCAAAUGAAAGUGCUGUCUUCCAGUGUGAGGCCUCCAACAAUCAUGGCAGCAUUCUGGCUAACAUCAACGUCUUGGUCAUGAACAUGGCUCCUCUCAUUCUGACAAACAACUCCCAGGAGUACCAGGUGAUUGUUGGAGGGGAUGUCAUCAUGAACUGCAGUGUUUUCAGCUCUCCACCAUCUGACAUCUCCUGGAUCAAAAAUGACACGGCAAUUAAAGGAGAACGAUUCCAUAUUUUCGAGAAUGGACAAGCUUUGAAAAUUACCGGCACAGAAAAAAGCGACAGUGGAAUUUACGUUUGUGUGGCCAGCAAUGCAGAGGGCAUGUCAUUUCUCACUGCUGUGCUGGAUGUGAAAGACCCCACAGAAAUAAUUCGUCCACCACAGGAUUUGCAGAUCAUCAGUGGGACCUCAGCCCAGUUGAUGUGCGAUCCAAAGUAUGAUGAAAGUCUACAGAACACCUUUGAGGUGCUGUGGAGGAAGGAUGGGGAGGAAAUCUUACUCUCCUCAGAGGAAAAUUCAAGAUACAAAGUGAAUGUUGGCCAGCUGCAAAUCAUGAACGUGAACCUGAGCGAUCAGGGAAAGUAUACUUGUAUCGCCAAAACACACCUAGAUGAGGUCAACGCCACUGCCGUGCUAACAGUACUGGACGCUCCUGAUGCUCCAACGAGGUUAAAAAUAUCCGACAUCAAGAGUGAGAGGAAUAUUGUUCUGUCGUGGGAACCUGGGAGUGAUCACAACAGCUCGAUCACAGAAUUCGUGGUGGAGUAUGAGGAGAGCCACUGGGAGGCUGGCAGGUGGAGGGAGCUGCAGAAAGUCGCCGGUAACCAGGCAACAGCCGAGCUCUUUCUACAGGGAAACCUUAACUACCAGUUCAGAGUGUAUGCUGUUAAUGCCAUUGGACCCGGACCACCCAGUGAGCCCACUGAGAGAUACCAAACAUCCCCUGUCGCUCCUGACAAAAACCCAGAAAAUAUCAGAAUUCAAGGCCACCUUCCCCAUCAAAUGGACAUCAGCUGGGAUCCACUCUCACCGACUGAGUUCAAUGGCCCAGGCCUUGAGUACAACGUGAGCUACAGAAAACUGGGGGUACAAGAUGACUGGAAGGUCCACCUGGUCCAGAGACCUUCUUUUGUCGUAAAGGACACCCCCACCUUCAUCCCCUACGAGAUCAAAGUCCAGAGCCGGAACAGCUUUGGCUCAGGUCCAGAACCUAAAACUGUCACAGGUUACUCUGGAGAAGAUGUUGUCUUUUGGCAUUGUCUGCGGGAAAAUGUGUCAGUUCCCACUGCAGCACCACAGAAUGUAGCAGUCGAGGUGAUCAACUCCACUGUUGUGAUAGUCAGCUGGACCCCUGUUACACCAGCCACAGUGCGAGGUCAUUUAGGGGGUUAUAAUGUUUACUGGCAGAAGAUCAAAAGUCUCCUGAACCCCAGCAAGAUUUUAAAUAAGUCCAACUCGAUGUCUUUUCCUGGAAACUGGAGUCAUGUCAUCGUGCCGGAGCUUGAACCUUUCUCGGAGUACAAACUGAUCGUCAGCGUUUUUAACAAAAAGGGAAAAGGGCCUAAGAGCGAUCCAGUCAACUUUAAUACUCCAGAGGGAGUUCCAGGGUCAGUGCCCAUACUGACCACUUCCAACACUCAGAAAGACUCAGUAUUGCUGGUGUGGGGGCCGCCGCGGGUGACGAAUGGCAUCCUGUCUGGUUAUUUCCUGCUGCAUCACCUCCUAAAUGAGACGUCACUGGAGGUGAUGGAUUCCCAGGAGACGAACAUCACUGGAGCUGACAUCACGCGGUGGGAACUCACGGGCUUAAAGGAGGGCAGUCUCUACCGCUUCCACCUCAGCGCCUGCACUCAGGCAGGCUGUGGCCCUCCGCAGGCCCAGGAGAGCAGAACUGUGUCUGUAGAAGAUCGGUCCUGGUCUCCAGCUGUGGCCCCUGUUCAGAACAAUCUCAACUGCUCCCUAUCUGUUCCCAGUUCGAUCACAGGCAAUUCUUCUCAUUUUCCUUUAGUUCCAGCUCUGUUGAACAUAAGCUCUUAUGUGAGUGACACCUUUGCUAAAAUCAGCUGGACUACCGGAGAGAAGCAGGAGGACUUUCAGCUUUAUGUGGCUUAUAUGAAUAACCGUGAUGGUAACUGGCACUUCUCAGAGGCUGUAAACACUUCCCAAAAUUUCCACAUUAUUGAUGGGCUCAAACCCGGGACACUGUACACCGUACGGCUUGUGGCUAAGCAGCUACUUGACAAUGCUAGCAUUUUCGAAGACGUUAUCCAGACACAAGUCACAGGUGUAUCCAGUCGGAUGGACGACGUUACAACUCAGCGCUGGUUCAUAGGGACCAUGUGUGCUGUGGCCUUGCUCACCCUCGUUGCGCUCAUGGCAUGCUUUGUGCGAAAAAACAAAGGUGGCAAGUAUGCAGGUACGCCGCCACCCCGGCAACAAGACAUGCUCUCCAUGGCAAAAGUGAAAGAAAAGGAGGAUCUGUACCCUGAUGAGGAGUCACAAGGAAUGAACGAUGAUGCCUUUGAAUGCAGUGACAGCGACGAGAAGCCGCUGAGGAGAGACGACGACCUCGGGGACAGCGUCAGCAGAGACAGCUUGGUGGGCUACACGGACGAAGAGGCAGAGUUCAAUGAAGAUGGUUCGUUCAUCGGAGAAUAUUGUGGACCCAAGUACAGGGGCUCUAUUAGCGAACCUAGUGGACCUAGUCCCAUCUCUGCCUAAAGCCAGGCUUCACGAUAAGCCUUCAAAUCAGGUUGCAUUUUAAAAUCUGCUGCCAUGACAAUAUCCAACACAUUCUCACUCCCAAGUCGUCACAUAUUGACGUUUUUCAAAGGUCCCUUUGCGUCCAA